AAAAUCUCAACCUGUCUUCUCCACAAGCACAAGUAUCAAGUUCGCCAAUAUUGCCACCAUCAUGCUCUACUCUAUGGUUGUUGCUCUCCUCACCACUCUACCAUUAGCCAACUCUGCCUCGGUCCGAUCGCUCUCUUCCUGCUUGGAUAAUCUCCAUUUUGCUGUCCAGAACUUAACCUACAGUUCCAGCAUUAUAUAUACUACUCCGGCACAUUCAAAUGCCCAUGCUCGCGUGUCGUUUACUCUUGUCAAUACCCAAGUUGGCCUGUCCUUUUGCGAAGCAUCGAGUCCAGGCUGGAGUGACGCAGACUUCUUCAGCGGAGACAUACCACGUUCCUGUGGGGUACCUGCCCCAAAUCCGCAAGAUAUAGCAACAACGUUCACCUACCUUCGACCUAAGCGGAGCAUGCAAGUCAAACAAAGUUGGACCUGCGGAGGGAACAAAUUUAUUUCCGACCUUACCGUGGCCGUGAAUAUUGACUGUUCAUCGGUCGAGUGGCAGAAUCCUGAUUGGAGAUGGCCAAAUGCAGGAGGUGCUCCGUACAAGACUAUCAUGGUGACUUGCAAGCCUAUUAACGUCGAGUCAACACAAGCGAGCACUGUUGAAGGGUGAUAGUUGCAAUGAAAGGCGAAUAAUAAAGACCGAAACUUUGUACGUUUACCGAUGAAGGAAUGGAAAUAUACAAGAUCGUGUCUAUGUUCUACGCAACGUUUACAAUUGUUUUAGUAA